CGGUCUGGUCUUUACAGGAAAUCACACGAGUCCAAUGACAUUGGGUGGGUGAAAUAAAAGUCUAACCAUCUAGUGAGAGACAGAGAAGUUACAGAACCACUCCACCUAAACUGAGAAGAAAACAGACAAGGGAACAUGGCCUCAGAGACCCACAUGUCAGGCCCAGAGUGCCUCAUCAAGAACAUUAAUGGGCGACUAUUGGUUAAUCCGAAAGCUCUGAAGAUCCUGUCUGCCAUUCAGCAGCCCGUUGUGGUGGUGGCUAUCGUGGGCCUCUACCGCACCGGCAAAUCCUACCUGAUGAACAAGCUGGCUGGGAAGAACAAGGGUUUUUCUCUGGGCUCCACGGUGCAAUCUCACACGAAGGGCAUCUGGAUGUGGUGUGUGCCUCAUCCCAAGAAGCCAGAACAUACUCUAGUUCUGCUUGAUACUGAGGGCCUGGGGGAUGUGGAGAAGGGUGACAACCAGAAUGACUCCUGGAUAUUUGCCCUAGCAAUACUCCUGAGCAGCACUUUUGUGUACAAUAGUAUGGGAACCAUCAACCAGCAGGCCAUGGACCAACUUCACUAUGUGACGGAGCUCACAGAGAGAAUCAGGGCAAAAGCUUCACCUGAUGUGGAUGGGGUUGAGGAUUCAGCUGACUUUGUGAGCUUCUUUCCAGACUUUGUAUGGACACUGAGGGAUUUCUCCCUAGACUUGGAGGCAGAUGGACAAUCCAUCACAGCAGACGAGUACCUGGAGAAUUCACUCAGGCUUAGGAAAGGUACCAGUCAAAAAGAUAAAAAUUUCAAUCUGCCUCGACUCUGUAUCCGGAAGUUCUUCCCAAAGAAGAAAUGCUUUAUCUUCGAUCGGCCCACUGAUAGGAAGAAACUGGGCCAGCUUGAGGAACUGUGUGAUGAUAAGCUGGACCCCGAAUUUGUGCAACAAACUGCAGUCUUCUGUUCCUACAUCUUUAGAAAUUCCAAAACUAAAACCCUUUCAGGAGGCAUCAAGGUCAAUGGACCUCGUCUAGAAACCCUGGUGCAGACCUAUGUCAGUGCCAUCAGUAGUGGGGAUCUGCCCUGCGUGGAGAAUGCAGUCCUGGCCUUGUCUGAGAUCGAGAACACAGCUGCAGUGAAAAAGGCCAUUGCCCACUAUGACCAGCAGAUGGCUCAGAAGCUGCAGCUGCCCACGGAAACCCUCCAGGAGCUGCUGGACCUGCACAGGACUAUUGAGAAGGAGGCCAUUGAAGUCUUCAUGAGGAUGUCCUGGAAAGAUAUAGACCAUUUAUUUCAAAAGGAUUUAGCGGCCCAGCUAGACAAAAAGCGAGAUGACUUUUGUAACAAGAAUCUUAAAGCAUCAUCAGAUCGUUGCUCAGCUUUACUUAAGGAUAUUUUCAGUCCUCUAGAAGAAGGUCUGAAAGAGGGGAUUUAUUCUAAACGAGGAGGCUAUCGCCUCUUCAUUGAAAAGAUACAAGAGCUGGAGGAAAAGUAUCUUCAGGAGCCCAGGAAGGGAAUACAGGCUGAAGAAAUUCUUCAGGAAUAUUUGAAGUCCAAGGAGCCUGUGAUUGCUGCAAUUCUACAGACAGACCAGACUCUCUCAGAGAAGGAAAAGUUGAUUGAAGUGGAACGUGUGAAAGCUGAAUCUGCACAGACUGCUGCAAAAAUGCUGGAGGAAAUGCAAAUAAAGAAUCAGCAGAUGAUGGAACAGAAAGAAAAGAGUUAUCAGGAACAUGUGAAACAACUGACUGAGAAGAUGGAGAGGGAUAGGGCCCAGUUGCUGCAAGAGCAAGAGAGAACUCUAUCUCUCAAACUUCAGGAACAGCACCGACUACUACAGGAAGGAUUCCAAGAAGAGAACAGACGACUUCAUAAAGAAAUACAGAAUCUCCAGAAGGAGAUGCAAAAACCAAGGACGCAAUGUUGCCUAAGCUAAAGAACUAAAAAUUAGAGCUUUCCUGGUCACUCUUAUCAGAGGCAUUACUCAAGCAGUUUAAAAUUAAGAAAAAUGUCACCACACUUGAUAAUAUUUAGAUUUCACAGUUUUAUUAUACUAAAUAUUUGCAAAGGCAUGCAGUACUAUAAUUGAAAUCAUGUCCAUCUUCCUCACAAUACUGUAAACUGUGUAACAAGAUGCAUUUUACCUCUGUGCCAACCCAGGAGGUAUCAUAACCUUGUACCACCCAGGAGCUUCUUCUUCCAGAUGACUACAAGUUAGACAAGUGGAUACUGAGCAAAGUCUUAGGUUAAA